AUGGAUGUGCUCACAUCUGUCAGUGAGCAUGGCGUGGCCAGGAGUGCCUGUCACCCAGGGUACCAGCUGUCUGAAUACAAAAAGGCCUGUGCAGAUGUAAACGAGUGUGCUGAAGGGCUUGCUCCCUGCAGCCAUCGCUGUGUGAACACAGUGGAAUCUUUCACUUGUGCCUGGCACCCUGGUUUUGACCUGGGAGCUGAUGGAAAACAGUGUUACAGGAUUGAAUUGGAAAUUGUCAAUAGCUGUGAAAAGAAUAAUGGUGGUUGUUCCUGUCACUGUGAACAUGCAGUUGGUGGGCCCUGUUGCUCCUGUAACCAUGGACACCGGCUUGAUUCAGAUGAGAAAACAUGCAUAGACCUUGAUGAAUGUGAGAGUGGAGAAGCCUGCUGGGCCCAGCUCCGCAUCAACUAUUUAGGAGGCUGUGAAUGCAGUUGUCAGGAAGGCUUUAGGAUCAGUUCUGAUGCUUGUGGAUGUGAUGAUGUGGAUGACUGUCUGGAUGUCAGUAUCGUCUGUGACCAACUAUGUAUCAACUCUGUGGGAACCUAUGAGUAUACUUGUGAGGAAGGCUACAGAAUUGGAAGUGAUGGAAAAACUUGCAUCUUUGAUGAUGAGUUAAAGGAAGAAGAAGAGGAAUUAGACAUUGUGAAGUUUCCAGGUCUUCUAUUCAAGAGCCCACCUCAACUGCUUCAUUAUGUGGCCACCUCUCUGCCUCUCACCCACGAAGAUGAAGAAGAUGAGGAGGAAGAGGGGAAAGGUAUUCGAGGAGAACUGACUGCUUUGCACAGAGUUGACAGAGAAGCCAGGAAGUCUACCGACAGCUGCAAAGAGAGUAAGGAGCUAAGCACAGUUAUCAGCAGUAUCAUGCAUGGUGCUGGAGAGGUAGAAGUUGGAGUUGAGAAUCUGCCAAGGUGGAGAAGCCUUGCUAAACAUGACAGGCUUUCAACUGGGACAUCUGAAAGACCCCAUCUAGAAACAGGGGCAAAUCUUAAAAUGGAUGACGUAGACAGUAUGGGUCCACUAAGAUGGUAUUGCAUUCCGGUCUGUUUAGAUCAUACCUUCGGACACGAUUGCACGUUGAGCUGUGAGGACUGCAUGAAUGGAGGCUGGUGCCAGGAAGGAAAGAGUGGAUGCUCCUUCCCAGCUGGCUGGGGAGACAUUCUUUGUAAUGAAACUCGUUUCCUAGAGACCAGUGGGAAAGAGUAUGACGGCAUCUGUGAUUGUCAGAACGGAGGCACCUGUGAUCCUCUGAGCUGGCAGUGCCAGUACCCCUCAGGGGUUCAUGGGAAAACCUGUGAAGACGGAUGCCCAAAAGGAUUCUUUGGGAAGAGUUGCAAAAGGAAAUGUAACUGUGCCAACAAUGGCCAUUGCCACAGGGUGUAUGGCGCCUGUGUGUGUGAGCCAGGGCGCUAUGGGAGGUUUUGUCAUCUGAACUGUCCCAAGGGGGCCUGUGGGGCUGGCUGCUCUUCAGAAUGUCAGCGUGUGGAGGAGAACACCCUGGAAUGCAGUGCCAAAAACGGCAGUUGCACCUGCAAAUCUGGUUACCAAGGCAACAGAUGA